AAUUUUAUUUGAUUUAAAUAUUUUUUCUUUUUUAAACACUCCGAUGACUCACGAGCGCGUCGUAUCGUCGAAUAUACCUUCGGCAGCAACUCUAAAAACUCAUCCUCCGAGAUCUUCAUUCUCAGUAUCGCGCGCGUAACCUACCAUCGCGGAUCGGCAUAUCCGAGGAAUAAUUAUCGCGACGAACACGUGCUCCAUUUUAUCUCAAAUAAUUUUUAUCAGAAUUUUUAAGACAGGCUUUCUGUAAUCUGUAAUAAUAAUAAAUAAUUAAUAAAAUGUUAUUUAGACCGACAAAUACUUUUAUAACCCAGUGUUCUCGAUUUAAUAAUUGAGGGAAUCACCUCAACUCUUUUCGAUGGGGUCCGAAUUAAUUUCAUCAGUUCAGUGUCACUCUUUAUACAUGCAAAUAAAUAUCUAUACAUCCUCAUAUAUUUAUGUUUUAAAUGUAUCUGAUAAAUAAAUUAAAAAAUGGUUGCGUAGUGCAGAUAAAUAAAGUUAAAUUUUAUCUAUACAUUACAGUAUAGAAUAAUAAUCUAUUUUUACUACCGACAUUACGUUUGACUUGAGAGAAUAUACAAUACAUAUAUUACGUACACAAUUAGAUUUAGAUUUAGAGUGAAGAUUAUUACCAAGCAUGUUUACUGAUACCUUAGAAAAAUUUCUCACUGUUAUACCAGAUACUUUUUUAAAUAAAACUCUGUUUAUUAUUGUUGAUGUUGGUGUUGUAAAUUAUUAUUAAAUGUGCUGAAUUUUAUGUGACAAUGGGGUUGUGUGAAAAGACAGCAUUUCUAAGGCUGCUACCCACUUCCGGUUGGCAAAUGCUCUGGACAUGGAAUGCAUCCAACGGCACGACAAUACGUAUGACAACCAGUGCUUCAUCAAAGUACGAUUGUAUGGUCGAAUUAGUUAAUCUUGCAGUGGUUACUUUGUCGCUUCUCGCAGCGGUUUCUUUGAUUGCCAAGUACAAAUUUACUGAUCACAGAGUGUGCAGCGGCUUACUUCCUUGGCACAAUCUACGCAGUGUUCUGAGCUUGCUUUUGAUAAUUGUGGUUGUUCUUGAGUUCUCUGAAGCCGUUAUCGAUCAAGUACCGCUCUGCCAGGGCAUUUCUCUGGUGACUGUUGUCGCCUGCUGGAUUCUACAUCGGCAAACUGAGAUAAGGGAUGGCCUUGGUCUAGCUGUCACCGGGGGAAUUUUUAUAACCAUCGCCGUCGCGAGACUCUGGAGACUGCUACAUUUAACAAGCAACGACUUGACUAUCAACCAUGUUCGUAUGAUCAGUACCAUUGGAACAAGUUCGCUGUGCGGUCUACUAGCCUGUGUUGAUUCCUGGUCUCUUUAUCUCAUCGUUAAGAAGAGUAAACAUUAUGAUGUACGAGGACCCGGAAGUACUCAUCGGGUGUCUUACAAACACUCUUACGCAGUUCUCCUCAGUAAAUUGACAUUUCACUGGAUCGUGGGUCUUCUCUCACGCGGCUACCGCGCCCCUCUUGAUCUCAACGAUCUCGGAGACUUGCCCGAGCAGGAAACCACAGUCAUUCAGUUUGAUAAAUUUCGACGAAUUUACGAGGACCAAAAGAAUGAAAGAUCAAAACCUUCACUCUGGAAAUGCUACUGGAGACGCGUCUGGGUUUCGUUCUGCAUUGGAGGACUCCUCAAGUUAUUUGGCGACGCUUCUACUCUCGUUGGGCCCGUAGCAAUCUCAAAAAUAAUUGACUACGUUGAAGUACUUCAAAACUCAACCAGAAAAAAAUCGUUCGCCACCUACGCGGGUGGUAACUACAUUACAAUGGAACAGCUAAUGGACAAUGGCUACUUUUUGGGUGUUGUUAUAUUUAUGGCAACCAUUUUGCAAAGUACCCUCAGCCAGGCCUCAACGCAUUUUGUUAAUGUCGAAGGUAUUCGUCUGAGAACGGCUCUUCAGGCUUUAAUCUACCAUAAAUCACUGCGAUUAUACUCCUGGGGGUUUUUGGAAGAAGAAAUUGGAAAGACGGGUGAUAAUGACAAAGAUAAUAAUCUACGUAGUGGUGCAGACAUCGGAACUCUGACGAAUUUAAUGGCCGAGGAUGCUUACAAUGUCAUGAGUUUUUUUUGGAUCGGCCAUUACGUCUGGGCAAUUCCGUUAAAAAUUGGUGUAAUCAUUUUUUUACUGUACAUAAAAUUGGGGAUAAGUGCGAUCGUCGGAGCCGUUUGCUGCAUUUUAAUAGUCACGCCGAUGCAGUUACUUCUGGGGAAGAAAAUGUCGCGGAAUUUGAAAUCGAUAGCCGAAAAAAGUGACGCAAGACUGAAGCUGUUGAACGAAGUACUUCAAGGCAUAAGACUGGUCAAGCUGCGUGCGUGGGAAGUUGUUUUUGAGAAAAAAAUAUCAACAAGUCGUGAUGAAGAAUUGACUCUACUUGACAAGGACUCGAUUUACUGGGGAUUUAUAACUUUUCUUACACACGCCUCGUCAGUAUUGAUGACUCUGUUCACCUUCGGCGUGUACUUUUGGCUGGAAGAGACCCAUUUGGAUGCGGGGAACGUAUUUGCAAGUUUAGCUCUCUUCUCCCAGCUCACCGUCCCACUAUUCAUCUUUCCCGUUAUCGUUCCGAUUAUUUUAAACGCCAUAAUCUCUACAAAGCGACUUGAGGACUUUUUAUCCCUGCCAGAAGUCGCCGAUGUCGUGCCCAACACUCGAGAAAAUUAUCUCGAGAAUAAUGACCAUCGGACGUCCAUGGUUACUGUCAGCAGUGACGAAGAAAAGAACCUCCAAAGUAUCGCAACAUUUGGAACCCUAGGAAACAUAACAGAAGACGACGAAGAUCGUCAAGCUUUCCAAGUACUGAGCACCUACGAGGCCAGUUCUUCCGAUACCGUGUUCGAAAAAGACCCGGAGCCUAUGAAACCAGCAGUACUGUACAUCAAAGGCGUGUUCUCCCUAGGAGAAGACACCCACCUCCAAAUCGACGACCUGGUGAUCCCCAGAGAAAAACUAACUUUGAUCGUCGGAAAAACCGGAAGUGGAAAAACUUCUUUGAUCUCCGCCAUGCUGGGAGAGAUUCCUCAAUUAAGAGGACAAGUUUCUUGGAGCAGAGACACACAUCUCGCCUACGUUCCUCAACGUCCUUGGCUAUUGAACACCAGUCUCCGUGAGAACAUUGUUUUCGGGUCAAUGUACAGUCGCACUCGCUACCGAAAUGUCCUGAAAGCCUGCGCUCUGCAGCCUGAUGUGGAAAUUCUUCCAGGAAAAGACAUGACCAGAAUUGGUGAAAAAGGAAUUAAUUUAAGCGGUGGACAAAAGCAGCGAAUUGCAAUAGCUCGGGCGAUUUACAGCGACGCGGACACUGUAAUCUUCGAUGACCCUCUGUCUGCUUUGGACCAGCAAGUGGGUCAGCAUAUCUUCGACCAGGCGAUCCAGAAACUUCUCCUGAGGAAAGGCAGAACGGUGAUUAUGGUAACGCAUCGGCUGGAAUUGCUUCGUGCAGCGCAUCACGUUGUUUCGAUGGAGAAUUGCCAGGUGAGAGCGAUGGGUAUGAUGUCCAGCAUCGAGCUGACGGACCCCCAGCUGGUGGAAGAGUGGCGGGAGGCCGCUCGCAGGCGCUUGGACAUCUCAGUCCAGGAUCAAACUGUUCCCAAGACAGCGAAGGAUCGGUGGUCCCUUGUCAGACUCGUUUCUCGCAUCGCUGGGAUUUCAGUAAAACACCGGCACGCGAGCGACGGCUCCUGGAUCACUGACCAGGACGCCCACGUGUCUCCGCCGGCCUUUGUGCCGCUGAGACUUCGUAAAUCGAUGAUGCUAGGGUCCAGGUACCUGGCUCAUGAUCUGACAGACCUCCCGGUCGCUGACGAGUGGGGAGUUGUUCGAAAAAGGACCAGGAAACACCGCAUGGCCAGCAGAGCAACUAGUCUACAGCCCGCCAAGCAUCCGCCUCCGGUUUUGAGACAAAGUUCAACGCCCACCAUGCUGGAAACUCAUCAUAUUAUUCCUCGCAAGAGGCAUCACACUGUUGACAGCGGACAGAACGGCGUUCUAAGGCAGUUCUUCUCAGGAAGGAUUUUAGCCGCUGAUGAGGUUAAUAAAGACCGCAAAGGGUUGAAGAGGCUCAUGUCCACUUCUUCUAGUAAAACUAAUCCGGAAUGGGAACAUUACACUGAGAAUAAGUCUAUUAGACGGCUUUUGUCUACGGAAUCAGGAAUCAGCGAGAACCUGGAAGAAGAAAAAUGUACAGAAUGCCAAGAACUUCCCGAGGUUACAGGAAUUGAGGAAGAUGGUGGUUUAGUGACUACUAAAGUUUGGUUGAAUUAUCUAAAAGCCGGAGGCAUAACUCCAGGCCUUACUUAUCUUGCAGCAGCGCUGGGAUGUCAGGCUCUAAGAGUCUACACGGAUCUCUGGCUCAGCGAAUGGACGGCUUUGGGAAAAAACCCUCCCAAGUCUGAAAUCACCAUGAGCACACACCAGCAAACGGUUUUCUACUUCCAGAUGUACAUAAUCCUGUCAGUGAGUUCAAUUAUUCUAGCGGCGCUUAAUAGCGCGGCCGGGCAGUGGGCAGGAACACGCGUCAGAGAAAAAUUGCAUCGCAAAGCGAUCGCGACUGUACUUCGCGCCCCGAUGAUUUUUUUCGAGCACACUCCGAUCGGAAGGAUUUUAAAUCGCUUUAGCGCUGAUGUCGGAGUAAUUGAUAAAAAAAUCUCAACUUCAUUCCAGAGGCUCACGUCCUUCGCUCUACUCUGCGGGUCUGCAAUAAUAGUAAACAUCGCAAUAUCACCGUGGUUUUUAUUAGCUGCAGUACCAACCUGUCUAGCGUAUUUUUUCCUUCAGAGAUUUUAUCGCGUAAGUGCUCGUGAACUCCAGCGACUUGAGGGCAGCACCCGGGGACCAGUCGCCGCGCAUUUUUCAGAAACACUAACGGGUCUCCCGGUUUUAAGAGCUUCUAAACAGCAAGAUAGAUUUAUGGACGAUAUGAUUGAGUGCUUGGACGCAAACACAAACGCCUUUUUGAUUUUAAACACCAGCAGUCGCUGGCUGGGCAUUGCUUUGGAUUACUUAGGCGCCGUUGUAGUUAUUGCGUCAAUAUUUGCAGCUUUACUUUCUGCGGAGUUGUAUCCCGAGCGUGUAACACCGGCAUUAGUUGGCCUGGCUAUAAAUUACACGUUUUUGGUUCCUAUUUAUUUGAACUGGGUUGUUAAAUUUAUUUCGGAGAUUGAAAUGUACAUGGGAAGUGUAGCGAGAAUCAGCGCUUAUAUCAAGACUGCUCGCGAAAAUUAUCGCGAGAAUGGAUACGUAGCAGAAGAAAGUUGGCCAGAAAAAGGUGAAAUAAUAUUCGAGAACGUUUCACUGCGUUACCAUCCAGAUUGCGACGCAGUUGUGAAUAAUCUGAAUCUCCGAAUUCCCGCUGGACAGAAAUUGGGAAUUUGUGGCCGAACUGCCAGCGGAAAAUCGUCGACUGUAAUGGCACUUUUCCAAUUAUUGGAAGUAUCUCGAGGACGAAUUAUCAUCGACGGUAUAGAUAUCAAGCGUGUGUCAUUGGCAAGUCUCAGAUCAAGGCUGUCGGCUAUUCCGCAAGACGUUAUUAUGUUCAGCGGGACAGUUCGAGAAAAUUUAGAUCCUCUUUCUGAGCACGAUGACGAGCAACUCUGGAUUGCGUUGGAACUCGCACAAAUGAAGGAUGUAAUUGCUUCGCACCCAGAAGGUCUCAAUCUGGAAGUACGUGAAGGCGGUGAGAAUUUUUCAUCAGGACAAUUACAAUUACUAAGCAUGGCACGAGCGACUUUGCGUGAUUCAGCGAUAGUGGUACUCGACGAAGCCACAAGUGCUCUCGAUUCGUCAACAGAAAAAAAUUUAUUACAAGCUGUCUCUAAAACGUUUAAGGACAAGACUGUCAUAACGAUUGCGCACAGGGUAACGUCUCUGCUGUAUUGCGACCGAGUCAUCGUAUUCCACGAGGGAAAAAUAGUCGAAGAGGGCUCGCCGAAGGAACUGUUCCAUCGGUCUACCGGAUUUUUUGCCGAAAUGUUGAGAGCUUCCGAAUUGACUGAGCCAAAUGACUGAAUUUUUUUUUGUAUAUUUGUAGAUUUUAUUCGGGAAGAAAUUCUUCAGAUUUUCGACAAUUUUAA